AUGAUGAGUCUUGACCGCGGCGGCAGUAGUCCUGCAGAUCGUGCACCCUCGCGGAUUUUGAGAGCUCGUCGAUCAAUGGUCAGGGAGCUUCACAAGGCGUGCGUUAUAGGGUCCGCGCAAGCAUGCCUGCAACGGUGGGGAUAUGUUGAGAAAUCUCGCUUGUCUUCUGGCGCCGUUGCAGGCUCGGCAUUGCGUUCAAGGAUAGCAAAAGAUGGUCUAUCUCAGGCUCCACGCUUGAGUGCGAAGCCCAUGAUUGGCUACGAGUUGUGGUGGGAGGCUGAUCAUGGCGAGCAGUCUCUCGCCCGGGUCCAUUUGGAGCCUUCGACCUGGUGGCUGAAGUCCCGUCUCGGCAAUGAGGUGCAGCCUUCAGGACGAGCGCCUUGCUUGCUAUCGGACCUGGAUUAUACUUUGCCUAGGCGAGAUUUCAAGCUCGCAGCCAUUCACGUUGGUUCGCUGCAGCCGCUUCCGUCAGCUGCGCGAAAUGUGGCUUUGCUGUGCCCCAGGGUUUUGUCCGCCCUUUGA